UGAAUAUCUUUCCAUUUUUAUGUGAGUGUGUAUGUGUUUGAAUAAGAAUCAAUGUGUGUGUGUGUAUAUAUAUAUAUAAAAUGUAUCAGUGAGUAGAAAAUAUGUGUCUGUGUUAAUAUAGAUUCAUCUUCUCUUUGUAUUGAAUAUCCUGCUUCAUCAGCUAUAGGGAUAAAAUAAGGUUACAUUUCUUUAAUAUUCAAAUAAUACUGACUUUGAACAUCCACCAGCCCAGCCUGAGAGGAAGUCUAGUCUUCCCUGGAGGGUGUCAAGUAAUCUCUAAGAAUGUGUAAGAAACUGCUACUUAUUCCUCAGCCUGUCCUAAUAGUGGCUGUUCCCAUCUACCCACUGACAAUAUGUCUAAGGUUUAAGUAGGAAAGGGAAAUAUGGGUAGAGUAGUCUUUCCAGCUAGAGUGAAAACACUUCCUGGGUCAGGAACCAUGUCUUUCCUGUCGACUGCUGUACCCCCAGUGCUUCAGAUAAAUACCCACCACAUAAUAGAUAUUCAAUAAAUACACUGAAUGAAUGAAUGGAUUCAAACCUCCACUUGUUCAGGCCAUGAACAUUUACUGAAGAUUUUUGAUGUGCUGAGUUCUGUGCUGGGGAUUAGAAGUGUACAUGUAAACAAAAUAAAACUUUCAUCUUUGAUGGGCAUAAAGAUAAGCAUUUUAAAAAAACAAACUCAGCUUCCAUGGGAGUCAGUGAGAUUCCUAGCAUCUGAGGUGUUCAAGCAGACAACAAAGACUACUGACCAAGGCUGUAGAAGGGAUUCUUGCUUGGGAGAAAUGCUGGACUAAAUGACCAUUAAUGACCCCUCCAAAUGUAAAUUCCUGUGAUUGAAUGAAUUUUAGCUAAUUGUUCCUAACUUAUUAGUCAUAACCAAACAGAUCACAGAAGGACUCCAAAGGAAAUAAAAUUACAAAUGAAAAACAAAUGUUCUGAUGGGAUCCAAAUAUUUGGAUUGUUUGAUAACAAAUGAGAUUUCUUGAGAAGCCUGCAGGAUGUUGCUCUCAAUAGGAGACAAUUUUUUAAAUAGUAGAAAUUAGAGAAGUAAUACAUUUAAGAAUGUGUUUAAGUAUAUUUUCUUUAAUUCAAUCCAUUUAUUAUAUUCAAAACUCAUAUUCACAAGCAAAAAUAACUAAGAGCUGAUUAAGACAACUAAAACAAGCUUUUGAUAGGUCUUUUCUGAAGAAGCCCAAAGGUCUCGACUUUGAUCACUGUUUGGAAAAUCUGAGCACAACACUUUAAGACAAAAAUUUCCAUAUGUUGGUCUUAUUAGAAUUCAAAAUUCAUUCAUCUAUUCCUUCAUUCAAGAAAUACAUAGUGGGGAGAUAAAAUAAAGACAUAGUGAAAAUCCACUAAGUGUAAUAUACUGUAGACUUUGCAAUAUGAAUAAUUCUAAAAGGUAAAUGAGAUCAUCUAUCACACAUUUAAAUAGUCUUUUAAAAAAUUGAUUUUAUUACAAAGUAAUAAUCAUCCAUUAAAUAAAAAACUUUAAAAAUGGUAAUAGUAAAAAGAAUACCCAUAAUUAUAUCAUUUAAUAAAUACCUACUGUUUAUGUUUUUGUGAUUUCCUUUUAGUGUUUCUAUGCAUGUAAUUUUUAUAUCAUUGUAAUACUGCUGUGGAAACUAUUUUGAGCUGAACAUACGGUUGUGGCCAUUAGCCUUAAUAGCACACCUAGUCCCUACUAUCACUAAAUAACUAUUUGGCCACUGUUUGUUUAAUGACCAACUCCCCUGUUAGACUCUAAACACUGUCUAGUUCACAGCAAUAUCUCUAGUGCAUGAUUUAUUGCCUGCUGCAGGCUUGGUUCUUAGUAGACAUAACUGCAGUAAGUAAAUGAAUGACUCAUUUACUGGGAAGGGUGGUUUGGGGGUAGUUCAUCUAUCCAUCCAUCCAUCCAUCCAUCCAUCCAUCCAUCCACCCACCCAUCCACCUACCCAACCAUCCAUCCAUCCAUCCACCCACCCACCCAUCCAUCCAUCCAUCCAUCCAUCCGCUUUUUCAUUCAUCUAUGAUCAGAUAUCUUAGGGAAUACUUGCCAUGUGGUAAGCACUGUGCCUUGCACCAAAGACACAGGGUAAAGCAGUGAUGACGCUGCUCUGGAUGGAAAAGCUCGCUCUCUAGGUGGGGAAGGAGUGAGACCCUCCACUGAGGUCUUCAAAUACCUCUUCUGCAGAUCUCUUGCCCAGCAUUUACAGCCCUAGAACUGUAAAAACUGGUCCUUUUAUUAGGGCAUUGUUUUUGUAAAUCACAAAUAUGCUUCAGGGUGGGCUUUGCAGUCAUUAACAACUUAGAGUGAACUAGUUUCUCAGAUUUAGGAGGGGAGGGAGAGAAAGCAGGCCAUAUGGCUAUGGAAAGGGCACUCUCAAGUAAUUGGUUUCUCCCUUUUCUACAGUAGGAGGCCCUGGGUCAUGGGAAGGCAGCAAUGUAGCAGAAACAUGCCCAAUUGGCUUGACUCUGUCACCACCUAGCUGUGCCAUUACAGGCAGCUUGGCCAACUCUGAGCCUCAGGCUCCUUACCUUCCUGGAAAGUGAUGCAGAACAAAUGCUGCUGUAGACAUGAAAGGGUCCUAUGAAUCACAUGACUACAUGCUCUACCCCUUGCCAGGGAAGGGGUGAGUUUUUCAAACCUGACAGCCAUGCACACACCUGCUGCUCUGCAGAUGGCCCCUUCUGUGCAGCUUCCUUUUUAGAGGAAAGCCCUUCAAGCUUCUUGGAUCAGGUGCCACACAGACAUUAGUUGCAUCUUCAUUGUCCUCUCCUGUGAAGGCAGAGCCUGGUGCUGAGUCCCGAGCAUUCCCAGGUAGGAGGGAGGCUGUGCAGGAGAGAAGUCAGACCUGGGGAAAGAGGCAGGGCAUGAACCAAACUCUCCUUUAUUGGCAAAAAGCUCCCCUAGGCCAGCCCUGCUGGUGCUCCACAGCUCCAGGGUGCACCACAGAGCUGCACCCCAGUGCCAGCUUGUCCUGGCCCUUGGGAGCACAAACCUCCUGGGAAGGGCCCUCAGAAGACUGAGAGGCUCUGUCCUAUCCAGCAGGGCCUUCUUCUAGGCCACAUCUUUGUCACAUGAGCUUGAGGACAAGGAAACUCUUUCCCUGACCUGGAGGUGAGUGCAUCAAAAUCAGGCCUACAUUUGGGGCAUCCCCAAUGUCGAUCACAUUCUGUUUGUAAUUCUCACAACACCUCAUGGUCGGGUCUCUGAGAAGGAAACUCUCUGACCUCAGGAAAGAGGGAGGGAGAAAGGAGAGGUGACCUUCCUAUGCUGUGUUCCCAAAGAAAGCAUGCAUCUCAGUCCAUUAGUUUUACCCUUUAGCUUCGCUACUGUCUUUGAAAAAAUGGCAUAUAUAUAUAUGUGUGUGUGUAUGUGCGUGUGUAUAUAUAUAGUGUGUGUGUGUAUAUAUAUAUAAAAUGACAAAUGAGAGUUGGGAUUGUUGAGAAAUGAGUUCUGAUUGUUGAAUAUAAAUCUGAACUCAAGGAAAUAACCACUGUUAAAAGAACUUUAAACAAACAAAAUUCAGCAGAGUUUAAUUGCGCAAAGAAGAAUUCAUGAAUUGGGCAUCCCUAGAACCAGGACAGAUGUAGUGAGGCUCCAGGGGCUGCCACACAGCUGGACGUUUACAGGCAGAAAAAGGGAAGUCAAAUAUAGAAAGCGGAAGAAGGGGAAAGUGAGGUACAGUGCUAGCCCUAUGGUUAAAGCUGGAGUUUGGCUUAUUUGAACUUGGUUUGAACGUGGGUUGUCUGUGGUUUGUCCGGAGCUGCGUGGCCCGGCCAUAGCGAUUAUAACUGACGACUGACGCCUGAGCUCUAUACAUUUCCACUUUAUGCCUCCUCCGUAGAUUUACUUUCUUCCUUGUUCUGCUGUCUCAUACGCCAGUACAAAAUGGCGCUCUUCCGGGUUCUUCAUCACCCAUUUUCCCGCGCCCGGGAAAAUGAUCAACUUACAGCGCAGGCGCCAUCCCGUGCCCGGGAAAAUUACCAAGCGACGGCGCAAGCGCAACAUGACUCCGACCGAAGAAACCAAUACCUACCUGGCCAUGCCCACUGCAGGGCCACCAUCAUCACCCUGGCCCAACCUCCACCCUUGCUGGUCUAUAUAAGGCAUUACAUUGCCACCAAUAAACGAGACUUGAUCAGGAUACUGUCUUGUCUCCAUUUCUCAUGUCUCUUGUCCCCCCGAGUUCCCACUCCCUCUUCUAGGGCCUACAUUGACGAUCCCGCGGGUCGGGACACGUGGCGCCUCAACGUGGAACCUGGAAACGAGGGAUUCCGUGAGGAAGAGAACGCGAAAGAACGGUCGACCGUCGUCAAGGUGAAACUAAACUCCUCCGAUCACCGCGGGAACCUGCUGCGUCAGAAUCGAAGAAAAUGAAGCCCAACAUGAGAUUCUUUUGGAAAAUAAUCAUUUUAUAUAACAUAGUGACAGUCUAUGCAGGUUUUGAUGAUCCUCGUAGAGCAAUAGAACUAAUACAAAAGCAACACGGCCAGCCUUGUGACUGCGGCGGGGGACAAGUAUCUGAACCUCCGUCAGACAGAAUCUUCCAAGUGACUUGCUCGGGCAAGACAGCUUACUUAAUGCCAAACCAGCUAUGGAAGUGUAAGUCAACCCCAAGAGACACCUCCCCUAACGGGCCGCUCCAAGAAUGCCCCUGUAGUUCUUUCCAGUCCUCUGUACAUAGUUCUUGCUACACCUCAUAUCAACAAUGCAAAUCAGGCAAUAAAACAUACUAUACGGCUACGUUACUAAAAAAACAAACUGGAGGUACCAGUGACGUACAAGUAUUAGGAUCCACCAAUAAACUUGUACAAUCUCCUUGUAACGGCCAAAAAGGACAGCCUGUUUGCUGGAGCACUACAGCCCCUAUCCACAUCUCUGAUGGGGGAGGUCCAUUAGACACCACAAGAAUUAAAACUGUUCAGAAAAAACUAGAAGAAAUUCAUAAAGCCCUGUAUCCUGAAAUUCAAUAUCACCCUUUGGCCCUGCCUAAGGUUAGAGAUAACCUUAUGAUCGAUGCUCAAACUUUUGAUAUCCUUAAUGCCACUUAUAACUUACUCCAAAUGUCCAAUACAAGCCUUGCCCACGAUUGUUGGCUUUGUUUAAAAAUGGGUCCCCCUACUCCUCUCGCUAUACCUAACUUUUCAUUAUCCUAUGUCAAUUACUCAGGUGAGUCCUUGGUCAAUAACUCCUGUCCAAUUAUCUCUCCCCUCUUAGUUCAACCAAUGAAGUUUUCUAAUUCUUCUUGCCUCUUUUCACCCUCUUACAAUAGCACUGAAGAAAUCGAUCUAGGCUACGUUGUAUUCAACAACUGUACCUCCAUAAUCAAUAUCACCAGCCCCUUGUGUGCUAUAAAUGGCUCGGUUUUCCUCUGUGGAAACAACAUGGCAUAUACUUAUCUACCCACAAAUUGGACAGGGCUUUGUGUUCUAGCCACUCUUCUC